AUUGUCAUCAACUUGCUAUUCUUCGUCUCCCCGUCCCACGUCAAUCCAUUGUCCAGCAGGGACAGUCGCAAUCAUCAUUGCGAUGCAAGAUAUCGGGGUAGAAAAUGUCUCUGCGUGGCCCUAUGAAGCGCUCGCACCUGAGGGAGGUGAGCGCGGCCAGUCUGGAGACUCUUGGCUCGCUGGAAGCAUCUCGCAGUACUGCUUCUCACGACAAUGAGAACAUACAGUCAACGCUGGACGAACCUACCAUUCGACUAUCUUUGAAUGGGUUGGAUCGACGUCAAUGUUCGCUCUGGGUCCAUGAUGAGACCUUCUCCCGAGAGGAGAUCCUGUUCAAUCAGGCUGCGUUUAGUGAUACCGGUGUGCAAGCCGGUGAUGUGAUUGAGAUCUUGCCGGUUUCGUCUUCUGGGGAGGCUUCUAAUAAAUCUGAUCAUGGGCCCAGGUCUAUGCGGGAUAGUCAUGUCGACUCAAGUUCGACCCUUCACUCGGAUGCCAAGUCUAAAUUCAAAACGCCUUUGCAGAGUCGAUGUCUAUUUGUGGUCAAACCGCUUCCGCAGGAGAUCAGAUCUCGUAUCCCAAAACUGGAGAUCUCAGUGACCAGCAGCGUUGCUAAUAUCUUUGGCUUCAAGAACCGAUCCCAGGUCCUGAUAUCUAUUGUGGAGCGUGCGCAAUGUUCUGCGUCUCAUGUGGAUAUCUCGUUUCGUGACCAGUUUUUGGUUCGGUCAGAUAUGUGGCGGCUGGUCAUGUCUGAAUUGGCGGAUAGAAUUGUUUACAAAGGUCAGAAGAUUUUGUUCGUGGGCCAUAUCAAGGCGACAGUGAAGAACAUCUUCAUCCGGGGCAAAAAGGUUCUCUCGGGAUAUUUCUCUCCACAUACCAUUCCAGUUUUCCGCAGUGAAUCUGCGAAAUAUGUUCUCUUUAUCCAGAUGUCGAGGGAAAUGUGGGACUUUGACUCUGAAGGUACAGGGGAUAUUCUUUUCAGCAGGGUAAUCAACGGGUUUCUGCCUGAGUUGUUCAAACGCUGGGUCAAUUCUGAUGCCAGGCAUUUGGUUACGAUAGUGCUAUUCACACGGGUUGAAUAUGAUGCGUCCGCAAGUGCAGGCCUGUCAACACUCACUUCCGAGAAUUUGAAAAGCAUUCCUACUCCGAAUAAUUCCCCAACAAGGGAUUUUUAUCGUGUGGUAGUCAACGACAUGGCAAGUGGUCACUGGACCACGAUUCUGGAUGAGUUAAAAAAGGAUUUCAGGACUUUCCUCCGCGAUGUUUCUAUUCUUAAAAGGGAUGAUACAGAGACACCCACCAUCAGUGGUUGCAAAACGACACCCAAACAUCACCCAGCAAUCAUCGCAGGGCGACCUAGCACCGCCCUCCGUGGCAAUAUAUUAGAAGCAAUCCACCUUGCCUCGUCCCAUUUAGCAUUUGAUCAUAUCGAUCGUGACAUGGUCCAUACAGGAACUUCGAUCAUCGUCAUAACACCAGGUAGUGGUGUUUUUGAAGUGUCAUAUGAAUCACUGGCUUCCACCACGGACGCCCUCGCAAAUCGAGGUAUAGCCAUCGAUUUGGUUUGCCUUAGUCCGAUGCCUCUUCACUCCGUACCUUUAUUCAAAUAUCGAGAACCCGUGCGAAGACCUUCAACUUCCACAUUUGCCGAAAUACCCAGUGGUGGUUGUUCACCUGAGAUGCGCCACUCAUUUGCAAGCUUCGCCAGUAGGACAGCUCAUCUCUCUCCCAGAUCAACCUAUGAUUCUUUUUCACGAUUGAACCAUGGGCAUCAAUUCCCACCACGGUCGAAGGAAUGGAAUUACGGCAUCCCCCAUUGGCUUGAUAUCUCCUAUUGGAAUCCUGAGACAUAUCGAGAGGCUCGAAGAAUCCUCAAGAAUGACCCCAAUGCGCCAAUCCCCUUCACCGUCACCAAACAAACCAAAGUCUUUGUGCCACGGGUUCGCAUGUACGAGAUCCAGAUGAUGGGGGUUAUGGAGAGCGAGCAGUCCAAUAUCUCCAUUCCUUACCUUUUAGAAGGCCAGGGUAUUUCUAGGGUGCCCAACCCUGGGUUUGGCCUAAGUCCAGCCAGCAUCACGCCCACAAAAUCUUCUUUUAGACAUAACUCGCCCUACAAACCCCAGUUGAGCGAUAGUUUACGGCCAGAGGCGUUUCUUCAGAACAUGACUAAUCCUAGGGAUAUGAUGGUGCCAGGUUCUAAGAAGACGCAAAAAUCCGUGCUUGCCUGGAUGGAUCAUUACGAUGACACAGUGUUUCAGCCGUUCCCCAAACGCCGGCAGUCACGAAAAUCCCCCAAAGCAAAGCGAAUCAGUGAUACUGAUGUUCCUGUUGCAAGCUCCGGUGCGCAUGACCGUCUUUCUGCAAGGUCUAUCUCUCGAUUAAGGGAGCACGAGACUAAUCCAAGCGAACGUGACCAUUCUGUUCGGGCGACUCCUCGAAGGAUUGACACAUCUCUCUCGACUCCCAAAAGCCCUGUCUCGACUAAAACUGUUUCGCCUAAAAAGCCUGCGUUAAAACCCCCAUCAGCGACACGAAGCUCGCGGAUAUCACGUACAAUCAGCUUUGCCCUUCGAGGGUUGAGCGCCACCCCACCUAGGGCUCAGGCGAGUACGGAGGUCAACGUAGAACAUGUCAAAGCAUUGCCAAUGUCAAACCAAAAGCCUUCCGUAGGGUCGUUGUCGGAUACCAAAAGCGUGGAGUCUUUGAGUCCUUCGGAGUCGACAUCAACGUCCACCAUUGUCGACCAGCCAUCAAGGCCACCCACACCCCAAAAGUCAGCCCAGAAACUCGCCAUUACCCCGACAAGGCCCAUAUCCAUCAAAGUACCACCGAAGAAAAAGCCUGAAGAUGCAGAUGAACCGGAACACCCAGAAAUUCCCGAAUCAUUCUCAACCACUGCCACAGAGAUUCCUUACAAUGGGGACGAUCACAAUGCAAACCAACCCAAGAAACCGGGGCCUAGGUUUGAAGUGACAGUUACCCCAGGCAUGCGCGAUUCAUCUGGGAAGAAUUCGCCCAGUAGAGCCUUAGCACCCUGGGUCCGCUCUAUCAAUCCCUGUAAUACUCCCAAAGCGGUGCUGCGUGAUACUAGUUGGUUCGGGCGCUGGCAGCAUGCAUAUCCAAGACCUCCUCAUGUUGCUGUGGUAAAAUGGAAGAGCUUGAAGUCCCCUGCCAUUCUGCCAUUGACAACCGAGGAAUUCCCAACGGCCAAUGAGCUCGGUUCUGAAUAUCUACAAACACCAUAUCGUGUUUUUCCAAACGAGGAUGCCGAGGGGAUUGAGGCACCAAAGACAAGAUGUGUACUUUUGCGAGAGAUGAUUUCCUCCCGUCUCUCCCACGGCUUUCAGAUUGUUGUUGGAAAAGAUGUGGCCGAGGCCUCGGGACACUAUGCCCUUGAGUCACUGAAUGUAUUCGAUACCCGUAGUCUUGAGCGUGAUGGUGCCACCAUUUUCCUCUCCAAGGGCAACGCAAUACAUCGAUUGAUUUGUGUCGAUGGCGGGGAAAUUGAAGUGACGCGAUUUAUGCAUCGAUCUUCUUCAACCUUGUCCUCUGGGAAGAACACCAACCCUUCUCUUUAUUCACCGGCUAUGCGAACAAUCUUGAGUCCUGAAUACGUGAUCAAGAACAUAGGGCUAGACUCGACAGCUGAGGAGUACAACUGGAACUACGCGGACAAUUACAUUGCCGGUCAUCGAGACUAUCUCUUCAACCCAGCUCAGCAGUUGCAUUUUUGGAGGGUUCGCUAUGUCUUGAUCCCAAUGCAGUUGCAUGUUAGCUCCCGGCGCCAUUUGCCGUCAUUCAAUGAAGACAAUGAAGAAGAAAUCCAUCUACUGGGGAUCAGUCAGUUGACACAUAUGUGGCAGCGACAUAAAUACAUCCCUCCAGAGGAGAAGAGAUUCGAAUCUUCCAAUCAAAAGAGAGACCAGAACCCCCUCAAUAUCAUGUAUCAAACCCGGAAUCAGUCCGAGGUUGUCGCGGCAGAAUUAGACCGAAUUUUGCUUACGGACCCUGGACUGGACAACCCGCCUGCCCAGCUGUUGCCGGAAUCCGAGCUACUUGAACGGUCUAGUAUAAUCCUAUCGUCAUUUGCACAGAUAAUCCAAGGGGAUAAGGGUGUGCGGAUGAUGGAUCGAAGGUGGCAUUGGCGAUUGCACUAUAACUGCUUUAUAGGGUUUGAAUUCACGACCUGGCUUCUGCAAAACUUCCGCGAUAUUGACAGUCGCGAGGAAGCAGUUGAUUUUGGAAAUGAGUUGAUGAGGCAUGGCCUAUUCCAACACGUCGAGAGGAGGCAUAACUUCCGGGAUGGAAACUACUUCUACCAGAUAUCUAGCGAAUAUCGGGUCUCUCGCCCCGAAUCCCGAGGUAGCUGGUUCCCUCCAAAACGGAUGGACAAGUCCGUUCCAUCAACGCCAGCAGGAGAAAUGCCUAGAGAUUCUCCCACAACCACGCAUUUCCGGAAUGACAGCCUCGAUAAUUCUUCCCAACUCCCGAGCACACCAUCAAAGGCGAAGAACAAAGUAGCCAUCAUGUUAUCCAAGACUAUGAGAUACGACGUGGAUCCUCGCAAACGAUCAAACAGACCAGAAGUCAUUGAUCUCCAUUAUGAUCGCUUACACAACCCCGAGAACUGCUUUCAUAUUGAGCUAAGCUGGAUGAAUACGACACCUAAAUUAAUUGAAGAUACCGUCGUGUCGUGGGCUUCGACGGCUGAAAAGUUUGGCCUCAAACUCGUGCAGGUUCCAAUCGCUGAGGCUUGUGCCAUUGACCAGACGCAGCCAUUCCGGAAACCCUACAGAAUCGCACUGAAAGUUCCGCCUCCCAAGGGGCCUAUUCCCACUCUUUUCAGCACGGCAUCAUUUGCGCAGCCUGGCGCACCAGAUAAUCUCUAUUAUCAAAAGGCCAUUCUACGAAAGUUUGACUUUGUUCUGGAUUUUGAAGCAAGAUCUGCUUUUCCUCCAGAUGUUGAAGUGUCAUACUCUUGGGGUAUACCCGACUAUAAAUACCCGCAGUAUAUCCAUCGAUCAGGUAGCCUUCUGGCCCAGAUUACUGACGAGGGUGACUUCUUGCUCCUUGCCAAUCGUCUGGUCAGUACCCGGGGUGCUGCUAGCCGGGACAUGCCUAGAUAUGAACGUAUGGAGCGGCCGGAGCAGUAUCGGGCGCGUGCAACGACCUAUGAUCCAUUGGACCGCGUUUCCCCUAGACUUUCGCCUCUCAGUCGUCCAGUACAUGAUAAUAGUAUCCCUGCCAGUCCCCAAGGGCAGCCAAGCAUUGAUGCUGCGAAUUUAUAUCGUGCCCCCGAGCAUAUCCUCAGCGGGAUGCAGGACUUCUGCAAUGAUGCAGCCCGACUUGCGCAAUUUUACAGCGAGUCACAUGCCCGUCCUGUCUCAACUAGAGUGGGACCGGCGCCCACGACAAUCAUGGACUCAUCGAUUCCAACCCUUGAGCUUCCCGCUAGUGUGGUCAGUCAUCACAUAUCGCCUCCGCCAACUCUACCAUCGAGAUUGUCACACGAUGGACCAUUGUCGCCUAUAGAUUCAAGAACUCGGCCACGGAAUGACAGCCUCAGCUAUAAGGGAAGCCCAAGAAGCGCCACUCUGCGACCUAUUGGUCUGAACUGAGUCUAGAUUAAUGAAUGAUGACACCCUUCACCUGUUUACGUUUGCUUGGUGUUGUGGAUUUGAUGAUGAAUAUUACGGAAAAGUUUGAGGAAUGAGAUUUGAACACGUUUGAUAUGAGCAUAGUAUCUACUCCUUGUGUAUACUAUUUGAUAUGAUAUAUUAAUUCCCCUGUCGUCCAUUUUUGAGUCAUCUCAAUCCCAUAACUUCAUAUUCUCUCUUGAAUUCUCAGAUGUUCUACCCUAGAGGUGGGAAACAAUACAAUCGUCAAGCCAUCAAUACGGCCAAGAUUGAACUAAUAUCAAUGUAACUAAAUAUAUGAUUCAACAAAAGCCAUUCUUACUGUAAUAAUUUGAAGCCUUUUUGAAAUGAUUGGUGGACAUAUUCAGAGCAUCAAAACGCGUCAAUUGGCGCGUAGAGAAAGACAUCCUCCUGCUCCCCUCACCCCUCCUCAACCUGUC